AUGGUCGUGCUCAAGGUGCUUAUCGAUGGGACUGUUACCCAUCUGAUAAGUGCCUACAUGUCACAGGCCGGUUGUGGCGACGCCGAAAGAGUAUUGUUCUUGAAACGACUCGGGGAUGUGCGAGACAUUUCGUUGUCGCAGGGAAUCGUUUUGAGUGGCGACCUGAAUGGUCAUGUGGGUGGAGGGUGUGAGGAGUUUGAGAGUGUUCAUGGUGGGUUUGGAUACGGGACUCGCAAUACGGAUAGUGGUGACAUCCUCAGAACGCGUGCGGCUGCUGAUCACGCCAUCGUGAACACGUACUUUGAAAAGAAAUCUGAACAUCUCAUCACCUACAGGACUGGGGGCAAGCUACCCGAAUCCAUUUCCUACUCAUUAGGAGACACCAUUUCAGCAAAGUUGCCAACGUCUCUUUGUCAUGGAUCUCUGUGUGAAGCCCAAAGACAAUCGUGUCGAGCGGUGCCAACGCCGAAUCAGGUGGUGGCUGCUUGA